AUGAGUUCAGUGUACGGUCCAGCGUACAUGACACCGAACGCCUCCUCAAACACCGGCAAGGGAGCGACGACCUCGGACGACGAGGUGAACGUGGCAGACGGUACCAUGUCAGAUCACCGUUUCUUCCUGGGUGGUGAUCACGGUGUGUCCUUGUUGCAGCCCGCUGUCCACACAGGGCUUGGUCCACGCUUACCGAAUAGCAGCCGCGAUCGUCUUGUCCAGAUGCAGCCUCCUGAAAUGCCUCAGUUCCUCUAG